ACAUUUAUGUCACACGCGGCAUUCGCUACGUUUCACCUGCUAGCGCUUUCUCAAGGUCCUCCGUAUUUAUAUGCAUUUUAAGGCGAACUUCAUCUUAAUGCGCCCACGCAUCAUCUUCAGUCGUUUUAUUCAACAUUAAUAUUAGAGUACGUAAUUUAUCUUCGGUCCAAACGGUGAAGCUGUGUUUAUGUUGUCUCGUUUCUCAUUCGCUUCGUCGCGUGUUUCGAUCUCAACGAUACAUGAUGCCAUUGUAUCAUUAGAGAAAUAAAGCAACUUGUAGCUGUGAUUCAUUUUCAAUAAUAUUUACUAAGGAAUUAAAGAGACUUGGAAGUAUAAUUAACAUGAUGGACAUUGAUCCUCCAGAAUUUUUGUCCAAAGACGAUGAAAUUCAGUAUUGGAUGGAGCUUGCUCAUCAAAUACAUAGAAGAAAAGAAGAUCUAGAAAGAGAAUUGGAAGAAUUUCAAGAAAAUUCACAAUUAUUGGAAAAGGAAUUGGAAGCUUCCUUAGAACAGGCAGAGAAAACUAACAGAGAAUUACGACAACGAAAUACAAGACUAGCCACAGAAGUGGAACAAUUAAGAACAAGGUUAGAUCAACAAAGCACGGAUUGUGCAAUGUUUCAAGGAAAGGCUCAAGAUUUACAGACUCAACAUGACCAUUUGCUGAAGUACAUAAGAGAAUUGGAACAGAAAAAUGACGAUUUGGAAAGAGCUCAUAGGAUAAAUAGGGUAACGGAAGAAGAAAUAGAGGCAAAACUUAAUUCUGCCAUUGAAAAGAAUGCCCUGUUAGAAUCGGAGCUCGAUGAAAAAGAAGCCCUGAAAGUUAUAGUACAGAGAUUAAUGGACGAAAUUAGAGACCUAAAACAAGAAAUUCAAGUUCAAGAAAGGCAUCAACCCGACAAUGAUAAAUCAGCUGACCGAGUUCGUAAUCAUGUUGAUAGUAAUAAACUACAGGUUGAAUUGGAAACACAUAGCGCUCCCAUAGUACCGCAAUCCAUAACUCCAAGUAAUACAGCAACUUCACCAUUAAAAAUUGGAAACAGAGUGGUAGGGGGUGUAACUGGGAACAACAAUAACAAUAAUAAUGUGAAUCCACCGUUGGCACCGUGUACAAGAAUAUUAGCGAUGAAUAUGAUUGGUGACCUUAUGAGAAAAGUUGGAGCAUUGGAGAAUAAGUUAAAUACAUGCCAAAACCCUUCACGAGAGGAUCAAGCCGUCCGUGAUCUCUACAGGACUAGGCGGCAAGUUCGAGGCUUUGCCUCUGGCAACAGCAACCACAUUCGAUUAUAAACAACGGAUAAUAUUCCAACAGUAAACUUCUACCUUGUCCAUUAUGUUUCUAUACUUGUAAAUUCUUCUUACUUUACUUCAAAUAUCAUUCAUUAAUUUAUUACUUAACAAAUGAAACAAACAUGACUUCUAUCCACUUACUUAUUAUUUAUUUUUAUAAAUUAUUUAAUUUCUCUUUUCCAUGGAAUUUAUUAUUCGUGGAAAUUACUUUCUAUUCCUUUUCUCCUGAAAUUCAAAGGCAUAUUUGGUAAUAAUAUGAAUGAAAUUUGUAAAUAAAUAUUCAAAAUUGUAAGUGUAAAGUUGAUUAUGUGAUAAUUAUAGAUAUGUAUUAGAAUUACGUUAUUGUUGUGUAGAUAUUCACAAAUGAUAUUAAAUGAAUAAUUUGUGAAUACUUAGUUUCAAUAUACAUAGUUUUAGCACAAUUAAAAAGAUUCAGCCACAGUUAGAAACAAUACUAUAACCAUUAGUGCAAGUCUAGCUUUUACAGUAAAUUAAGAAUCCGUAUGUCUAUUUUUUAAUAACAAAAAGAUAUUCUCUUUUGCAUCUUGCAAUUCAAUUUUAUACUCUAAAUUAUAGCAAAGUUAUUCAAUUGUGUAUUAUAUUUUCAACAUAAACUGUGUGCUUCUGUGCCACUGAAUAAUUAUAGAUAACUUCAUAUUUUAAAACAACUAUAUGAAAUAAAAAGCAUACUAACAUUACUAAUUAAACUUUAAACGUAUUCAAUUACAUAUACAUAUAUUGGAUAAAAAAAUUGUAAGUUCAUAUUAAAUUUCGCUUAACAUUUUAUGUUAAUAGUAAACUGAUUAUGAACUUCAUUUUCUAAUGAAACCGAUCGUGAGAUACAAAUAGUAGCAGAAUUAACAUAAUAUUUGUAACAUAAAUUUGUAAAAUUAAAUUAAAAUAUUUGUAAAAUAAAGUUACUGUAAUCAGCUUUUCAAUGAA